AUGCAAUCGAGAUUAGCAAGUACAGCUAGUCUGGGCGGCGCCAUCGCCAGCCGUCACUCUGCAGCGCGACUCAGGCUCGUCGCGAAGCGCGGCGACGCCGUGGUUGGUGCCAGCACCAUGCCGCCUGGGUUUACUGCCACUGUUGGCCGGCUGAACACCUUUGUCCUGCCGAACCAGAUCACAGGGUCGGCGAAUGACCGGUCCAUGGCCCGUGCUAUGAUUGAGGCCUGGCGGCGGGAUGGCAUCUUCCAGGUAGCCAUGUCGCCGCAGCAGCAGCGCAUCUACCAGAACGCCAACGCGGCCAGCCAACGCUUCUUCCGCCGCAGCGGUGUCGAGAAGCGGCGGUGCGUUGACGAGCAGAGCUACUCGGGCUACGUUGCCUCCGGCGAGGAGGUGACGGACGGCGUGGCUGACUACUCGGAGAUUUUCACCGUGACGAAAGAUUUAAGUGAAAAGGAUCACAGAGUCGCUGCCAAGUGGCCGUGCCAUGGACCGUGCCCGUGGCCGGACAAUGACAUGAAGUACAACAUGACAGCAUAUACAGAGGACCUCUCCCGGAGCGGCGAUCGGCUUUUGGAGAUGGUUGAGCUGGGCCUGCGCGUUCCGCAAGGUUCUCUCAAGAAGUAUACCGAGGACGGAUGGCAUCAUAUGCGAGUUCUGCGGUUUCCGCACCGAGAUCAGACUAAUGGCAAGGGGAAGAAGGGACGCGGCAUCGGAUCCCACACAGACUACGGUCUGUUGGUCAUGGCCGCGCAGGACGACGUCGGUGGUCUUUUCGUGAGGCCGCCACAGCAAGGCGAGCACUACGCCAAUUGGGAAAAGAGCGCGGCCGGCAUGCACGAGGACGAGACCGGCUGGGUCUACGUGCUACCUGUGCCGGGUGUAUUCACAGUCUUUCCAGGUGACAUGUUGCAGUACAUGACAGGUAGCUACCUCAAGUCGACGCCGCACAAGGUCGGCCUCAACACGCGGGAGAGGUUCGCGUUUGCCUACUUUCAUGAGCCCAACUUCUCGUCGGUCCUCAGACCGCUACCCGGGUACACGGGCGGCAGCGAGGCCACGAGCGGCGGCGUCGACGGGGGCAUCCACUACGGGACGCACUUUACGAGCAUGUGCCUGCGCAACUACCCGGACCGCAUCACGACCAAGAAGCUGCUCCAGGAGGACAGGUGCAAGAUGCUGGCGCUGCCCCAGUUGCGGGGGUCGGGAGCGGCCGAGAAGCCAAGGGAUCGGUCGCGUGCCGGUGAUUCCAGGGGUGAUUUGGCAAUACGAGGCGGCGACUACCCGCCGUCGGGAGUCGAGUUCGCCUGA